GCACCGGCCGAAGACGGGGGAUAUCAGAUUGCGUUCCUGGACGGUCCGGGAGAUCUGGUUCCCCUGUGUGCUUUACCUUUCGGACCUCUUGCGGUGAAAUGCACAGGAGACGUAACUGAGCCCGAGGGAAUCCCCUUCCAACACUUCAUCGAGUUGAUACAUUUCACCAGCGCGGGAAUUAAAGGGGCCGUGACCCUGGGUCUUUCCCUCAUUUACAUCAAGUAACCUGGCGGGAAAGCACUAUGGCGGUGUCUCCUUACUUCACAUCGGGGGUACUGACUCGCAAUAUGAGCCGUGGGACGAGCGGCCUUGGCAAAGGAGGGAGUCCCAGCUGCAGGUUGGGAAGGUUGGCCCUGACUAAACGAGGCAACUGCCGAGACCAGGAGCCUGACGGUACCGCCGGAGAGAACCAAGUUGCGGGUACCGUCCGCAAGCAUGCACCGAGGCAGAGGGGAAAGAGAGCGCAGAUUGUGGGCAGUUCCAAGCAAGUUGACGGAGAGGCAAAGGGCGAAUGGGAACCGGAACACUGGCGGGAACAGCUGGAUAACAUCAGGGAAAUGAGGAAAGACAGGAGCGCUCCCGUAGAUCACAUGGGAGCUGAACAGUGUUUUGACCGAACUGCAGCUCCCGAGGUGAUGAGAUACCAGGUCCUCCUCUCACUCAUGCUGUCCAGUCAGACCAAAGAUCAGGUGACAUUUGCCGCUAUGAAGCAAUUGCGGGAACACGGCCUGACGGUGGAGAAUAUUCUCAGGACGGAUGACAAGACACUGGGGGAGCUCAUCCACCCAGUUGGGUUCUGGAGGAACAAAGUGAGGUACAUCAAACAGACCACGGCGAUCCUGAAGGAACAGUAUGGUGGUGAUAUUCCCAAUACCGUCAGCGAGCUGCUUCGUCUUCCAGGAGUGGGUCCGAAGAUGGCCCACCUUGCCAUGAAGUUAGCCUGGAACGUUGUGUCUGGUAUCUGUGUUGACACCCACGUGCACAGGAUCACAAAUCGGUUGCAGUGGCUCCAGAAGGAGACCAGAACUCCUGAGGAAACCAGACUGGCGUUGGAGGAUUGGAUGCCACGGGACCUCUGGAGCGAAACCAACUGGCUAUUGGUGGGCUUUGGUCAGCAGAUCUGCCUGCCAGUGAAUCCUCGCUGCUCUGGCUGCCUCAACAGAGACAUCUGUCCCGCGGCCAAGAACAGCCUCGGGAAAACAAACCACAGGCUCUCUCCCAACUCUCCACCACAGCCGUGCCAGCAGCAGCAAUAAUUAAAUCCUUGUGCUUAAGUGUUCGGCCCUGUAUAAAUUAUUCAGAGGAUGGGAGAUGCUUGUCCCUGGAUCAACUAAAACAAAACCGUAUCUGAUGUUGUUGAUGGAUCCCAGUUGCCGCCGGAACAUUGAAGACAAUUGAACAAUGACGUUCCCAGUGAGAGCAGUGUGCAGGACUUAAAGAAGUGUCCUUAGAUGGGUCGCGUUUCAGAGCCUGGUAACCAGCGAUAUGGUAUAGGGAAGUUUCUCACACUAAUCGGCCAUUGCACUAUUCCUUGCGAGUAAAGGAAUUCCUUAUGAGUGGAAUACUGCUGAACCUUCUUUCUAGUUCACAGAUGAUGGACACCCCUGCAUCAGAAUGAGCUCCCACAACAGUUUAAAUUCAAAAGUCUGAUAUUCCUACAAACAGCAGAACUUGUUUCCCCUCUCCCCUCUCCCUGUCUCUCUCUCUCUCUCUCCCUUCCUCCCUCUCCUUCUUCCCCCUCCCCCUCUCCCCCUCCCCUCCCCCUCUCCCCCCUCUCCCUUUCCCUCUCCCCCUCCCCUCUCCCCUCCCCCUCCCCCUCUCCCCCUCUCCUCCCCUCCCCUCCCCUCUCCCCCUCCCCUCCUCCCCUCUCUCGCUCUCUCCACUUUUAGUAAUUGUUUCUUAUCAGUCUUAUAUGCUUUCAAUAUCCAAUGCAAUGGAUAUAGUUUCAUAUUGAGUGAUUUUUGUGUAAUAUAUAACUUAAGAUCAUUGCACUAUUCCAUACUAGGAAAGGCAUUCCUUACUCGUGAAAUACUGAGCCUUAUUUCUAACUCACAGUUAAUGGAUUAAAUCAUUGUACUUUUUAUAUUGCUUCGUUGGCUUAUCUAGGAUUUGUGGCGGUGUUCCUGAGCAUGUUAACCAAUGCUUUACAAACAGAAUUUGAAACGUCACUUAUCAAAAAGUAUGAAAUAAAUGGAUGUUUCAGCAGGCAGAAGUAUGAGUGUAAUUAUGUUUGAUUGAGAUGCUUUCUGAGUUCUGAAUCAAAUAUAUUGCUUUGUAUUUCCUGGU